AUGGGAAAGAUGAAUGACUCCGUUCAGAAAAGAUACCGGAAUAAUGUUCGUGUUGAUCCUGCCUCUUUGAAUCAUUAUCUCUGCUACUUCUGCGGAAAAACUGCAUCAGAUCGAAUGGAAUAUCAGUUACACAUGCUGAAAGUGCACGAAGUGCUAUCCCAAUCUUAUCAAUUAUGGUCUGAUCAUACGAUGGAUUCGCUGGGAUUAAGAUGGAGUGAAACAAAAGGAAGAGAUGAUCGAGAAACUUCUUCCUCUCCGGUUUUCAUUAGUUCUCUUCUCGCUUGUCGCUAUCCUCUGAAGUUACGCUACAGUGGUCUUUUUAAAGCUUUCCGUCUUUAUAUCCUCUCAAUGGACACUGAUUAUGAAAAAGCGUUACUGAAAAAAGUGAAGCAGUUGGAAGCAAAUGUGGCAGCUCUUCACUCAAAAAAUGACAGAAAAGACGAAAUUAUAUCAACUUUAUCGACAACUAUCGAUAAUCAGUUGAGAGAAAUAAGAGAGUUGAGAUCCCGAUGUGGGAACUAUCAUCACCAGUUUUCUCCCAUUUCGCCCAGUGUUGUUCCCGCGUCGCCAGUGUCUCGAGAACCAAGACACAGAAAUUCGGAUGAAGACGAUGAGGACUACGUUUAUGAGGAGGAGAAACCAACCAAACGAAGAAAGAGAGAUGAGGAAAGAUCGAGAAGAUCGUUAGCUGAAAGACAGAAAAGGGCAGUGGAGGAACAGCGAAGAAAAGCAGAAGCCGCAGCUGAUCGAAUGAGAAGAGCCGAAGAGAAACGUCUCGAAAAGAUGAAAAGAGAUGAAGAGAGACGACGAAUCGAGGAAGCGAAACGUGCAUUGCAACAACAGGCCGCAGCUGACAAGGUUGAGCGAGUUGAACGAUUCGAAAAAGCUGAAAGAAGAUUGAGUGAAGUUGAUUCAAGAGAAACUCCAGAGAAACAAAUCAAAAGCGAAGCGGAACCAAAAAGAAAGAGAAAGAAGAAUAAUGAAGGACCGCCUAGAUGGAAGGAUAUCGUAUCGGAAGCUAAUAAACAAGAGCAUCCGGAUGUUGCUUUUCUCGUACAAAAGAUUCUCGCGGAGGGAAAGAAAAAGGAGGCUUCGAGUGAGGAGGUUCAAGAAGAAGAUUUGACUCCGGAGAUAGUUGAUCGUAAACCAUUCGACUUUUCGAAAAAUGCUACAAAAUACUGCAAAGUGUGUAAGAAGGGAACACACUACACGUUUGCUUCGUUGUUCGAACAUUACCAAGACCAUCAUCAUGCCAUCUUGAAAUCCUUCGAUUAUUAUGGUUACAACAAUAAAAAGUUGAUUGGAAAGAAGCAUCUUCUCGAACGGGAUUACUGUCAAAGAUGUGUCAUGAGAUUCCCAAGAGCCAGAGAUUACUUCUCUCAUAUGAUACGUCACCAUAUCAAUGAAAGUGUCAGAUGCCAGCUUGACUUCGAAAACGCCAAUAAUGCUGAUGUUGAAGUCCGAAUGGCGUUCCGUGACAGAAUUAUCACUCUUGGUUACAAUUUCCAAUUCGAAGAGGAGACACUACUCUCGGAUUCUAACUUGGAUUCUGUCGUGGAUGAUUUUCGUGCUGGGACAUCGUCCGCCGCUUACCAGAAUUACAAUGAACCAAGCACUUCUAGCACUCCUUCCGGUCCAUUUGCCAUGGAUAAGCAAAUAAAAAUUGAGCCUCCAGGAGACGCGGACCAAUCUUCGUCUCCUCUCAAAGUUCCAAAAGUGGAAAUUUUACAAAUUCCAAAAAUUGAACCCCUCCAAAUUCCGAAGAUCGAACCAUCCUAA